AUGUCCUACCACCCAGACUCAACAACCCGCGACAUCUUCAUCAGAGAACAUAUCCCGAGACGAAAAGGUUACCAAGGCAUCUGUUCCAUCUGCCAGCAGCUCUAUUCCCGCCGUCACAAACUUGUUCAGAUCUCUGGGCAUCCGCAAUGCCAUUGUUUGUUUGGCAAAAACUGUCUAUUGAAGUGGUUGGGGUCAGGUAUUGCGGCGAGCAACACAUGUCCGGACUGCAAGGCUGUGCUAUACAAUGCUAAUGGCGAUGAAGUGAAUGUUGAAGAGGGGGAGUCAGGCAGUGAGGAUGGCAGCGAGGACGAAUUAACUAUACCUGCUCGCGGACGGCCUAAGGGUAACCUAGUAAGGCAAUUAUAUCGCCGUCGCAGUCAUGCGCCGUCGCCGUCGCCAUCUCGCGGCCCAGCUUCUUCAGCUAACGCAACACCAUCUCACACAUACAACCUCCGUCCCCGCCCCAUUCUUCCCCCUCCAUCCUCAUCAACCCCAUCCCCUCUACUACAAACCCACCUUAACCACACCCUCCGCUCAUCCCCCUCCACCACCACCCUCCCAGCUUUCCUCCACACCCUCGCCUACGAUCUCACAAUCACUACCCUCGUAGACGACCUCUGGACCGGAACCUGGGACCUCGUCGCCGAGAGCCGCGAACUAACCCCCGACAACGCAACUAGAUCACGCAGCACCACUCGCGCGCAACUCAUCAUGCUUGUUUUGGAUGUUUGGCCGUUUGGGGAAGAGGUGUGGCCGGCGGUGCUGGAGCGUCUUGUGGUGAGGGCGAGGAAGAUGAUGCAGAAGCAUCGGAAUGGAGAGGAUGGAGGGUUUGAUGCGGAGGCUGAGUUGAGGGCGGAGAGGGAGGAUGUGAGGUUGGCGGUGGGGUAUGGUGUUUAG